AAUUGAGUUCGUUUUUUUUGUCGCUUUCGUUUAGUUUAAGUUUGUGUUUUUAUUUGUGAGCCAUCGCUCAUUCCGCCCGGAUCGCCAGCCCCGUCCCCGCCCUCAGACCUUAAUGCACGCCCGGACGAAGCGCACCUGCGAGGAGGAUGUGGGUAAAUCUGGAGAUCCGGAGGGGAGCCCCCGCCUGUUGCAGUUCACCAACUGCCGGCUGGUACGUGGCCACCGGAUCAUCCACGACGAUCUGUGGGUUCGCGACGGACGGAUCGUGAAUCCGGAGCCCGUCUUCUUUGACGAGCAGGUGAAGUCCCACUGUCGCAUCGACUGCGGAGGAGCCAUCAUCGCCCCCGGCUACAUUGACCUUCAAAUUAACGGUGGCUAUGGCGUAGACUUCUCCUACGACACUGAGACCAUCGAAGAGGGCGUGGCGACGGUGGCUCGCGGUCUGGUCAAAAGCGGGGUCACCUCCUUCUGCCCCACACUGGUGACCUCGCCCAGCGACAGCUACCACACCAUACUGCCACGCAUUCCCACAGCAGUUCCAAAAGGAGCUGGAAUCCUGGGCAUCCAUGCCGAAGGUCCGUUCAUCAAUCCGCAGAAGAAGGGUGCCCAUCCGGAGAACUGCAUACAGACUAUUGAUAAGGGACUGAGCACGUUGGAGGGCACGUACGGCUCGUUGGAGCGCAUCAAGAUCGUCACCCUGGCGCCGGAGAAGGUCACCGAUCCGGAGGUGAUUGGCCAGCUGGUGGAGCGGGGGAUCACCGUGUCCCUGGGCCACUCGAUGGCCUCGCUGAGCGACGGAGAGCGCGCCGUGCAGCAGGGAGCCACUCUAAUCACGCACCUGUUCAACGCCAUGCUGCCGUUCCACCACCGCGAUCCCGGUCUCGUGGGCCUGCUCGCCUCGGACGCAGUGCCUCGCGGUCGGACCGUGUACUUCGGGAUCAUCGCGGAUGGAGUUCACACGCAUCCGGCUGCGCUGAGGAUCGCCUAUCGGACGCAUCCGGAAGGCCUCAUCCUGGUCACAGACGCCAUUUCGGCUUUGGGGCUGGAGGAGGGCGUCCACCACAUCGGACAACUGCCUCUGCAGGUGAAGCAGGGCAAGGCAUUCAUCGCUGGCACGGAAACCCUUUGCGGCAGCAUCGCUCCCAUGGACGAGUGCGUGCGGAUCUUUCAAAAGGCCACGGAUUGCUCCGUUGUUUACGCCAUUGAGGCGGCCACGCUGCAUCCGGCAAAGUGUUUGAAGAUCGAAAAGCAGAAGGGCACCUUGGACUUUGGCUCGGAUGCGGACUUCAUUCUCCUGGACGACCAGCUCCGGGUGCUAUCCACCUGGAUAGCGGGAUCAUGUGUUCAUCGGCCUGGCAAGUAGUACAUUGAAUGUACGGCUUGCACGAGUGCUAAACUGAUUUUAUUACCUGACACAGGAUGUAUUUUAUACCCAAAGUUCUCCAAUUAAAUUGUUAAAUUAUACAUUCCAAGUUGAAACAUUAA